GACUCACUCUCUCUCUCACACACAGACAGGCUGUCUCUCUCUCUCUCUCACACACAGACAGACAGGCUGUCUCUCUCUCUCUCACACAGACAGACAGACAGACAGGCUGUCUCUCUCUCUGUGUCCCCUCAGGGCGCUAAAACUUGAGCCGCUCAGGAUCUGAGUGUGAUUUCUGUUGCUGUAAGGACGGUGCGGGUGUUUGUUGCUCUUGCGGACGCCAGCAUGCCGCGGCGGACAGUUCAGGAUCUCACAGUGCAGGAUGUCCAGAAGAGAAGAAAUCCCAGCAAACAUUAUGUUUACAUCAUCAAGGUGUCGUGGUCUGAUGGCAGCACCGAGAUCAUCUUCAGGCGUUACAGCAAAUUCUUCGAUCUGCAGAUGGAGCUUCUGGAUAAGUUCCCUGUGGAAGGAGGACAGAAGGAUCCAAAACGCCGAAUUAUCCCUUUUCUGCCAGGAAAGAUUCUGUUCAGGAGGAGUCACAUCAGAGACGUGGCCAUGAAACGCCUGAGACCCAUAAACGAGUACUGCAGGGCUUUGAUCCAGUUGCCCGUGUACAUUUCUCAGUGUGAAGAGGUGCGUGUGUUCUUCGAGACUCGACCCGAGGACCUGAACCCCCCUGUUGAUGAACCCAUCGGGAAGAAGAAAUCGGGCAUUGUGGAGAGAGCGACUUCUUUCCUAAAGCGAGCAGGAGACUCGAGCGCCGCCGACCCGCUGCUCCUGGAUCAGUACAUCGCCGUCACUGACUACGAGAAGCAGGAGAGCUCUGAGAUCAGCCUCAGAGUCGGCCAGGUGGUGGAGGUCAUCGAGAAGAACGAGUCAGGUUGGUGGUUUGUGAGUUCGGAGGAUGCUCAGGGCUGGGUUCCUGCCACCUGCCUGGAGGCUCAGGAUGAUCCUGAUGAUUUCAGUCUUCCUGCAGAAGAAGAAGAGAAGUAUGUGGUGAUUUAUCCGUACUCAGCUCGCGAUCAGGAUGAAAUCGAUCUGGAGAAGGGAAUGACGGUGGAGGUGAUGGAGAAAAACCUGGAAGGCUGGUGGAAGAUCAGGUAUCAGGGGAAAGAAGGCUGGGCUCCGGCGUCAUAUCUGAAAAAAUCUGAUGUUUCAAGCCAAAAAAUGUCGUCGCACUCGAGCGCUAAUGAUUUAGACGGAGCGUGUAAACAAAUCAGCAACAAGGAGAACCAGCGCGAAAGAUUCAGUCCGUUUAACGACAAGAAAAAAGCAGAUAUGCGUCAGAGACCACCACCACGCCGAGAUCUUUCAAUCCCCCGUGGAACAAACCUGCCCAAGCCACCGGUGCCCCCACAGGUGGAGGAGGAGUACUACACCAUUGCUGAUUUUCAGACCACCAUCCCAGAUGGAAUCAGCUUCCAAGCUGGAGUUAAAGUCGAAGUCAUUGAGAAGAACUCAAGUGGCUGGUGGUACAUUCAAAUUGAUGAUAAAGAAGGUUGGGCUCCUGUCACCUUCUUGGAUAAAUACAAGAAAACCAGCAGUGCUUCCAGGCCCAAUUUUUUAGCUCCUCUGUCUGGAGAAAUGGCUCAGCUGAAGCUGGAGGAUGGUUCCAUUAGUAAUCCCAGCACAGAAGAUAACUGGUCCAAACCUCUCCCGGAUGAGCCGUCUUCUACUGCUGAUUUCGCCACUCGUCCCAAACUGAGAGACUGGAAGUCCAACGCCGCAAAGAACAACUCCCCUUUCUCUGGUCCGCUGCCUCCAGCUCCUUCUUUACCCCCUACUGAGGAAAAACCAGCCCUGCCCCCCAGGAGAGAGUCAAUCAACAAGAGCCUGGAGCUAGAGGAGAAGCUUAAAGUGGAUGUUUCCAAACCACUUCCUCCUAAACCCCCAGUUCCUGGUGUCAUCAUGCCCCUGGUUUCUCCCAAACCGGCUCCGUUUAAAGCCGAAAAGCCUCCGGAACCACGGAAAGAUGAGAAGAACAAGCCCCUGCACUUGAGGAAUGAAAUGGGGUUGGAAUGUGGCCACAAAAUUUCUGCCAAGGAAGUGAAGAAGUUCAACUUGAAGCCGGUGCCUAAGCAGCCACCAAAGCCCAAAUCCGAAAGCCAAGAGGAGAAAGUGGAAUCAGUCAGUCCUGCACCUUUCCUGAAACCAAAACCGGUUGUUAGACCGAAACCUCCAGCCGCUAAACCAGAACCACCGAGCAAGAGUGAGCUCGAUAUCACAAACCUGAGGAGCAAAUUACGGCCAUCUAAACUUCCUGACACAGACUCAAGCCAGCAAAAUGGCACCUCAAACAAUGAAGAACCAAAAUAUCCACCCAAACAGCAAAACGGCCAUGAUUCUGUAGAAAUCCCUAAACCGCAAAUGCCUGGUCCCAGAGAACCACCUCAGAGACCGAGCUCUGCUCCGAGACGACCUCCACCACCUAAGAAAACUUCAGAGGUGGAAAUCAAACCAAGUUCCACAGAGAUCAAACUUCCUCUGAAGGACGUUCAGGAGAACAAGCUUGCCCCCAUUUCUCAAACCCGGCCGCCGCCUCCGAAACCAAAAGCUGCCACACCCCCAGCUUCCAAAGACAAGGAAGAAUCGCCAAAGGUGAAAGUUCCGGUUCCGCCGAAACCGCUCAUUAAAGCCGAUAAACCGCAGCCACCGCGAGACAAACUUCCUCCUCUGAUCAAAGAUCCAGCCAAGGAAGAGCUUUUCUUGGCUGUAGCAGACUUUGAAGGAGACGAUCAAACACCGGGGUUUAAAGAAGGCGCCGUCUUCGAGGUGCUCGAGAAGAACAGCACAGGAUGGUGGUUUUGCAAAAAUAUAAGUGAUGGUUUAAUGGCCGAGGGCUGGAUCCCUUCCAAUUACUUAACCAAGAAACACUAGGUACCUUUCAGAUAGCUCCUCCCCCCUUUUCAUACCUAUUUAAUUAGUCCGUGUUAUUUAUGGGUACCUUUACAAUCAGUCUUGUUACAUUCCAUUCUCUUGCAAGUUCAAACACUGCUUGUUUGUGCUUGCGUUGUUUUUACUGUCCCCUUUUUUUCAGGGAUGUCAGGUGGAUUUUUUUUUUUUUUAAACCUUUGGGAGAAAGCGACAAACGUGUCACACUGCUAAACCCAUAUUAUUUUUUCUAUGCAUGCUAACCAAUCUCAUACUAUUUUUAUAUUUCUCUUUAGUGCUAUAACAGACUAGCAAUAUACGUAUAAAUAACUUCUUGCAGCCUUCUUGCUAUCUAUUGUGCCUCAAUAUUAUUAACAAUAUUAAAAUCUAAGCUUUUUGAGCUUCUAUACAUUAGCAAAGUCUUCGUUUAAGGUGAAUACAGUGUAAUGAUCGUACAGAAACAUGAUUAUAAACCUGGUCAGCCAUUUACGUUCACUUUUCGCAGGGAGAAAUUAGCCUCGUGCUUCCAUGUGCUACUAUGACCUCGCAGAAAACCUUUAUAAAAAAAACUGAAAUUUUCAACAGCAUUUUUGUACUGUGUGAGUAUUUACCCAUUUUCAGCCCAUGUCUGGGUGAUUUUUGCUUCAACUUGCACUUUUUAAUAGGGAUGCAUCAAUUAAAAGUAACAGGAGUACAUCACUAGCAGUCAGUACGAGAAACAAAACGCUCCCUAAAGCUUCGGAUGGGUUAAUUACUCAUUUCAGUAUCCGCAAGCAUCAAUAAACACAUUUGUACGCUGUAUGGAAAAGUAGUUAGCGAUGCAUCCCUAAUUUAAACUUUAAGAGGUGGGGAAAAAAAAACAAACAAACAAUGAGCCAUUUUCUGGAAAAAGAAAAAAAAGGAUUAAUGAAUAUUAAGUUCAGCAGUGUUGUGUUACGGACGAUGGUGCUUACAUUAUUUCAUGAUAGUUUGUGUUUAACAUGUGCAUGCUUGACUGGUUUCAAGUAUACUUUUAGUAACACUACAAUUGUUUUAGUAGGUUUUGUUACAUUGCCUUUAAGUGUUGAACUCUCUUGUGCUUGGUUUUUGCGUUUAUCACACGAGAACGAUGCAGUUUAAAAAGUCCGACUGACGCUCACUCAUGCCUUCACAAAAUUUAUAGCAUUAAUUAAUAGUAUUAAUGUUUUCUACUUUUUUUAUUACAUUAUUUUCCCAAAAUGUAUACAAUGGAAUGAUGUAAGACUGAGUGAUGUUUGUAGGGAAGUUUUAAAGAUGGUAUUUUCCAGACUAUAAGACUGACUUUUACUGGGUGAUGUAAAUCAUAGAUUUUUUUUAAAAAUAAUUUUUUUACAACAGAAACAAAUGGUGGUGAAAAUCUCCAAACGGUAAGCGGACAUGAGUGAAAUGUGUUCACAGCAGUCACAAGUCCUGCUACGUAAACUGGCAACUGUUAAUCAGGAACAUCCCCCUUUCAUGUACAUAAUGGUACAUUCCAACAGUAUUAAAUUCAGAAGAUCUGAGUUUCCAGCAUCUCACAGUGCAGUAGUCAGAGAUGUGCAAUUGUGGGGGAAGAAAGAUCAUGAAUCUCUACUGGUCCAACAGUUUCAUUGCUGCAGCUUGAUUAAUUAUAUACUUUCAUUACUGCAAAAAGUGCCAGAAAAGGUUUGCCAUCAUUAUGUUUUUUGUCCUUGGGCAGAGCCAUGCAGCUAAACGGAACAUUUAGAAAUGACUGACAGGUUAGUAACUAAAACCGGCACCACAACAAAGUAAGAAGAGAAUUUCAUGAGGAGUUUGUUUUAUAGUCUGGGAAAAAUAGCGAACUAAAAUUGAUGCUGCUGCCAUGAGGCGAGCUUUAACUGGGUGGAAAUGCUGCAAGUGAGCAAGAGCUUUUGAAAAAUAAAUCAAUCUUUCACAAGGUGAUGAGCAUCCUGCAGAAUCAUCCACAUUUUCAUUUCUGUAACCUGUACGCUAUGUUUACUUUUUUCCCCUCCCCAUGUCAUGCAAUUUUUUUCUAAUAAAACCUAAGUAAACAUUUCAAAUCAAA